AUGACAGAGAAAGAGAAUCCAUGGUUCUCCCCCGACCGUCCCUCCGCCUUGAUUCCGCCUCCGACCACCGCUGGUAGUCCUCUACUCCGGCCUCCUGACCCUCCCUUCGCCUCCCAAUUCUCCUCUCUCCAACAAACUCUUGCCUCUCCUCCUUUGUCAAAGAAGCAAAUUUUUCGAGCACUUGGGACUGCUUCACUUGCUCAGGUUGAGAGCUCGGCUUCUACUUUCUCAGCCUCUCUGGCUCAGGAUCCAGUUCCUAUUACCGACCGUGUUCCCGUAAUUAGAUCGGACUUAACCCUCUCUGCCUCCGCAGUAACUACCAAAGACCAAUUCAAGGGUUUCAUUGUUCACAUACCCAAAAAAUCUCUUCCUUUUCCAUCAAAUUCAGCUUCCUCCUCCCGUAAACACCCAGGAAUUCCUCAGGUAACAAUUCCUGAUGAGGUGUUCCAGAGAGGAGCAGAAAUGCACAGAGACUUCAUCCAAGGGCACUUCUUUGCAAAAAUGCCUUCAUAUCAAGCUAUCCAAAGUGUGCUUAACUUCAUGUGGGGAAAAGGAGCUAAGCUUGAUAUCAGAACUAACCUAAAAGACCGCUCCAUUCUUGUCCGGAUCCCCAACGAGUACAUAAGGUCCAAAGUCCUUGAAAAAAGGAUAUGGUAUGUUGGAACAUCUAUGUUUCAUGUCUCCCAAUGGUGCUCUAGCAACUCAGCUCCCGCUUCACUGUCCAUUCCUACUUCCAUCCCGCUCUGGGCCCACCUCAAAGGUCUUCCCUUAGACCUACGAAGCCUCGAAGGUCUCACCUUUGCAGCAGGUCUCAUCGGCAAGCCUAAAGAAACGGAUGAAUUUACUAGAAACCUCGCUGACCUUGACUUGGCGCAUGUGAAGAUUGAAGCAGUCUUCUCAAAGCCUCUGCCAGAAUUGAUAGAGCUGAGAAGAACCACUGGUGAAAUUAUACCGGUGGAAGUUUCUUAUCCUUGGGUUCCACCCUCUUGCUCCAACUGCCAAGAACUUGGUCACAUCAUGAAAGACUGUCUCCAUGCAAACCCAACAUGGGUUGAAAAGGAUAAGACCGCCUCAAAAGUUCCUGAAGCUGCAAAAAACAGCACCAACAUCAAUGCUGUAGCAGUUAACACCGAUACUGAAACCAAUAUUGAGGCUAGGCCUGGGCGUUCGGUUCGGGUGAAGGUUGGUACUUCGGAUUGA